AUGGCUACUACCUCCGACCUCCCCCAAGAAAUCUUGAUCGACAUCUUCUCGCGGCUCCCGGCAACAUCCGUCGGCAAGUGCCGGUGUUUGUCCAAACAAUGGCGCGCCUUCCUUUCCACCCCGCAAUUCAUCAGAUCCCACAUCGCUCGAACAUCUCAGCAGCACGAAACCCUAAUCCUCAUCUCCCAAAUCGGGUCCGUCCACACCGUCGCAACCAUCGCAAACGGCUGCGUUUCAAAAAACCUCAAUCUUCCGGAUCCUUGGACCGACCUCGCGGGCUCCUGCGACGGCUUGGUCCUGCUAGCGCGAGAUUCAGAAAAGCUGCUACUGAACCCGAUUACUCUGAAUCGCGUGAAAAUACCGGAUUCGCCCCUGGCUCUAAUUCGGCCGGGGAGCUUCAGCAUGCACGGGUUGGGGUACGAUAGCGUUGGGGACGACUAUAAGGUGGUCACGCUUUCUUAUUAUGACACGGACAAUGAAUACGAGCCUGAUUGUGAAGACACAUUCGUCGAUGUCUACUCUGUGAAAUUGGGUGUUUGGAAAAGGGUCAAAAACUCCCCUUAUGACCACGCAGUCCCCGAUUUAUCCUCGGGGGUCUUUGUUAAUGGAGCUCUCCACUGGCUGGCCAGUAGUAGAGAACAAGGUUACCCGUCUGUGAUAGCCGCUUUCGAUUUGGGUCACGAGGUCUUUUAUGAAAUCCCCCCUCCUAAGGGUGUUGAUGUGGAAAAGUUCGUGUUUGAUAGGCUUUUUGUUCUUAGUGGAUGUCUUUGCAUGGUGGAGGAUGGUAAUAUUGAGCCAACGGAUGUUUGGGUUAUGGAAGAGUAUGGUUCGGCCGAGUCUUGGGCGAAGUUUAGUAUCAACGAUGGUUAUGAGUGGGAGAUUAUGAAGGUUCUGUGUUUUGUUCGGGAUGAUGAGGUUUUGUUGUUGAGCCGUGAGGAAGAUUUGAUUGUUUACAAUUGGGAGGAUGAGACAGAGGAGGAGAUGGUCAUUGAUGGGGUCGAGAAGGCUGUAGAUGGAGGCACAUUCAUUGGGAGCCUUGUGUCGUUUUGA